AUUGUAGUUGUCAGUAAGUUAAAAGUGAAAUAAGAUUCAGAGUGACAAAUAACAAUUAAAUUUUUGAUAAAAACAAUUAAAGUUUAUAAUUACUGUUAACUGGAUGAAUUUUAAAAUUCUGCGGAUAAAAUUUUAUUGACAAUUAAAUAUUAUAUAUAUUUCUAUUGAUUUAUUUGAAUAAAGUUAUUUGGAGUUGAUGUUUGGUUAGUUUAUUGACAAUCAAAUAUUGUUCAAGUGAUAAAUAAUAAUUUGAAAUAAAUUUAUUUAAAAACUCAUUGUUUGUAUAAAAAAUUUUAAUAAUUAUUUGUUUGUAAGAUUAUGAUUUUUUUCUUUGACAUUUAAAAUUUAUAAAUUUUAAUUGUUAAUUUAAUUGACAACAAUUGUAAUUAGUUAAUUGAUUAAAUAAUUAAUUAAUAAGUGGAAUUAAAAUAAGUGGAAGUAAAAUUAUUAUUGCAAGCCGGGCAAUUAGGGUGUUUCUGAAAUAAAAAGUCUAGAUAAUUAGAUAAUUAUAAAUAAAUAAAUAAAUAAAAUUAUAAUAAUGUCGAAGAAUAAAUUAAACUUGACAUUACCAGCUGGUUCUAUUGAACCAGUACCAGUAGUAUCACCAUCACCACCAGUACCACCACUUCCAAGUUAUCCGGAACCACCUGUAAUACCUGAUGGUGUAAUGGGUAAAAUAAGUAUCGAUGCUAUACAAGAGAGACUAGAAGAAUUAGAAAUGGACGAGGAGCAGAGAAAACGGUUGGAAAGUUUCUUGGGACAAAAGGAACAAGUGGGUGAGCUCUGUGAUGAUGAUUUUGAAAAAUUAGGCGAAUUGGGAGCUGGUAAUGGUGGAGUUGUCAUGAAAGUAAGACAUAAAAAAUAUGGACUGAUUAUGGCACGAAAGUUGAUACAUUUGGAAGUUAAACCGGCGAUCAAAAAACAAAUUAUUCGUGAGCUUAAAGUACUUCAUGAAUGCAAUUUUGCUCAUAUUGUUGGAUUUUAUGGGGCAUUCUAUAGUGAUGGAGAAAUAAGUAUAUGUAUGGAAUACAUGGAUGGCGGGUCAUUAGAUCUAAUUUUAAAAAAAGCCGGUCGUAUACCUGAGCCAAUAUUAGGAACAAUAACAUCAGCAGUACUUAAAGGACUGAGUUAUUUGAGAGAUAAGCAUGCGAUAAUGCAUCGUGAUGUCAAGCCAAGUAAUAUAUUAGUAAAUAGUGCUGGUGAAAUAAAAAUAUGUGAUUUUGGAGUAUCAGGACAACUGAUUGAUUCAAUGGCUAAUUCAUUUGUUGGUACUAGAAGUUAUAUGUCGCCUGAAAGAUUGCAAGGAACUCAUUACUCAGUACAGAGCGAUAUCUGGUCAUUGGGUUUAUCACUUGUUGAAAUGGCUAUUGGAAUGUAUCCGAUUCCACCACCAGAUACUAAGACAUUGAUCUCAAUAUUUGGACAACAAGUAGUUCAACAUUUAGAAAAUACUACCAGUAAUAAUAAAUCGACACCUACGCAAUCGCCAGCACAUAGCGCGAGCAGUCCGAGGCCGAUGGCAAUAUUUGAAUUGCUUGAUUACAUUGUUAAUGAACCACCGCCAAAACUACCACCGGGGAUAUUUACUGAUGCAUUUACUGAUUUUGUUGAUCGUUGUUUGAAAAAAAAUCCAGCUGAACGGGCUGAUUUAAAAACACUUAUGAGUCAUGAAUGGAUAAAAAAAGCUGAAUCAGAGAAUGUCGAUAUUGCUGGUUGGGUAUGUCGGACAAUGGAUCUCCAACCAACAACUCCAACUCGUUUAGCAAACGUACAGUCUUGAAUAAAUGUCACUCUUACAUACUUGACAACAUACAUACACGUUCAGUACUCCUAAGUCAAUAAUUAUUAUUAUUAUCAUUAUAAUUAUUAUUAUUUUUAAAAAAAUCACCCUGAUUUGAAGGAUUUGAACAGUGGCACUAAAUUCAGAUCUUCAUUUCACGGAUCAUAUAAAUAAUUACUAAAUUUAAUCAAUCGAAUAAUAAUCUAUAAAAAUUAAUAAAUUCAAAAAUUGUCACGGAUAAUUUAUUUAAUUUUUCGAUAAAUAUUAAAAUAAAUAAAGAGAUAAAUAAAUAAAAUAUAAUUUAAUCAAUUAAUCAAUUAACUAUGAUAAAAAUAAUUAUGUACUCAUUAAAAAAAAAAAAGAAAAAAUUAAUAAUCCCUUGAAAUCGCGCGUUACUGCCACUGUGCUUCGAUAAAUUCAUAGAUUAUUUUUAUUUCAUUAUUAAUUAGUUGUUUACUUAAUAUUGAGUAUUGAUUUUUUUUUAUUUAUAUUUAGUUACCUUAUAAAAGUAUGUAAGAAACAAUUAAUAGUAUCCAUUUUAGUAUCGUUACUCUCAUGAGCAUCGCUGUAUGUUUACUGUGAUAAGAAUUCAAAUCCGAUAAAUAGAUAAAUAAAAAUCUUCACUAAUAGUUAUAAAUAUUAAACAAUAGUUAUAGGAACAGUAUAAUUAAAUAACUAAAUAAAUAAAAAAUUAUAUAUAUGUAUGUAUAUGGGCAUGAAUUUUCGAAAGACACUAUUCUAAAUUAAUUAGCUAGAUUGUUUUAAAUAAAUUUGGUAAUUAUUCAGA